AUGUUGAAACUGUUUUUAUUGGCACUGAAAUUAAGUGCCCUAUUUUCAGAUUCGCUCAAGAAGCUGAUUCCGCCUGAGUCGUGUCUCACUGCCGUGUACUCGAGCGAGUCGUCCUUUGCUCCCCCAACACCGCUGUUGUUUCCGUCAAACGUGAUGUACUGGCUGUUCACCGAUAGGUACAGCUUGUCACCUGGCUCAAUUACGGCCCAUAUCAGCCUUAGUAAGUGGAUCAUUAUGAGGGAUUAA